CGCAAUCAUCAUCACCACCGGAAAUCACUAUGGGUCUGUGGCCGCGUCUGCGGUCACAGCUCUGGGAUCAUUCAAAUUCUGUCUUAUCGUCGUGCAAGUUGGUUCAGCAUUUAGAGGAGUCCUAUUGUCUCGAAAAUGUCCACAGCUUCGUUCAGCGUGAAGUGGGCUGGGAAGGAGUAUGUUAUUCCUGACUUUCCGCUGCACGCCCGCAUCAUGGACUUGAAGCAAGCAAUUUACGAAAGAACAGGAGUUCUGCCUGAACGGCAAAAACUUUUCGGCAUGGCUAAUUUGGCGGGAAAGACAGUAUCCGAGUCAACUCGUCUUCUUGAUCUUAAACUAUCGCCACAUGUCAGGAUCAUGAUGGUUGGGAGUUCGGAAAAAAGUAUUCAAGAUGCAUCUACUCCACCGAAGACUCUUCCAAAUGUGAUCAAUGAUUUGGAUGACUAUGGAGAUGACAAGGAAAUACCUAUUGAAAACUGUGAAGAGUUCAAUUGCAAGAUUGAAAACCGAAUCAAGAACUAUAAAAUUAAGUGGAUUAAUAAUUCGAGGCCUGGCAAACGACUUCUUGUUCUGGACAUAGACUGCACCAUCUUUGAUCAUCGAACCCCUGCUCAGUCCGUAGCCGAGCUGAUGAGGCCUUUCCUUCAUGAGUUCCUAACUUCAGCAUAUGAGGACUAUGACAUUGCUUUUUGGUCCGCAACAAACAUGAAGUGGAUUGACGCCAAGCUUUGGGAGCUUGGUGUGACACGCCACGAACAAUACAAGGUGGCAUUUCUUUUGGAUUCUACUGCCAUGAUCACCUUGCAUACAUCAAAAUAUGGGACAGUAGAAAUCAAACCCCUGGCACUGAUAUGGCGCCUUGUUCCAGCCUACCGUCCCGAGAACACCAUCAUGAUAGAUGACAUUCCCAGAAAUUUUCUCAUGAACCCGCAGUCUGGUCUGAGGGUGAGACCAUUUCGUAAUGCUCAUGUGAACCAAUCAACCGACCGUGAGUUACUGCGACUGCGCCAGUACCUUAAAGACAUCGCUCGCUCAGUUGAUGACUUCACUCAACUCGAUCACCGCAAGUGGGAAAGUUACAUGCCGAAGACAGUGCAAUCAUCUGCGACCGUGUAUUCCAAACCAACACUGCCUGCAGAUGACCCUGAAGCUCCUGUGUCUGACGACGCGAAGGAUGACCAACAACCAUGAACUGAAUUGUAUUCAAGAAUUGAGCAUCAGAAUGGUUAUUCCAUUGCUUUUCAGUGCUAAGCUACUGAAUUAGGAAAUUAUUGAAGGCCUAAAUCUCAUAUGAUGCAUUUAAUAUAAUGAUUUCUUGCAGACCUCAACAGCAUAGUUCUGUUCUAUACCAUUCCACCUGUGUGGUUAUAUGGAGUAAUACUGUGAUAGCUCGUUGAGGUUGCAGUGUGUGUAUUUGUGUGUCUCUAUGGUUAUUUUUGCAAAAGACUAUCAUGUGCUGAAAUAAAGUUUCUUUUUUCAGUCUUGCUA